AUGCUCAAGAACAUUCUUUUACUAACCUUCAUAUUAUCUACCUUUUAAGCAACAGACAUCUACUUGGAAGAAGUUAUGGAUUGCGUCUAAAACACAUGUGAACCCGCAAGAAGCAAUUGUGGCAUUGACACCGAUUGUAGAUUAUCUUAUAACAACUUUACUACUUGUAUUUCAGAGAAGUCCAGUGAGUCAGAAUAUAUCUAAUGUAGAACCAAUGGAUAUAUGACAUGGGUCAAGGUCAUGGAUUGUUAUAAUGAUUGUCAUUAUUUUGAACUCUUCGCCGUACCAAUAUGGUUAACAAUAGCUGCCUUUGCAAUAAAUAUAUGA